AUGGCCUUGGACCAGGCGGUUAUUGGCGUGUUUGGGCCGCCGCCACCGAGCGUCAAGCUUGAUGACAGCCGAGUGACUCAGGACAACGCUGUCGUGAUUACUUUGCUAGGUAUCGCAACAGUCGCCGUGGUCCUCCGAUUUGUCGCUAGGUUUUCCAUGCAGCAGCCUUUGAAGACCGAUGACUGGCUGAUCAUUGUUUCUCUAUUGUUUGUGUGUGCGACAACUGGCUUGAGCAUAGAAGGUGGUACCUUCGGUGCCGGCAAACAUGUGUGGUCAGUGACUCUGCCGGGCUUAACGAACAUCUUCCAGAUUCUACUCGCAUACACAUUUGCUUAUGCUGGGGCCUGCUCGGCUUGCAAAGCCUCGAUACUGUUUUUCUACCGUCGUGUGUUCGUGAUCGCACAUCAAGACCUAUUUCUCAGGGUCUCUCUCCUGGUCGGUUUUUUUCUGACUCUCUCCUAUCCCGUUAUUGUCUCGGUCACUAUGGGAAACAGUUGUAACCCUCUAUCGUAUUUCUGGAGCCAGUUCAGCGGAGGCACCGGAAAAUGCAUCGACACCAACACACUCUUCCUGGCAUCAGGCAUCCUCAACAUGGUCAAUGAUAUAGUGGUAUUGCUAGUACCGUUUCCGCAAAUUACGCGGUUGCAAAUGAAUUCUCGAAAGAAAAUUGCCAUCUGUGCCAUUCUAGCACUCGGGAGCUUUGGAUGUAUUGCCAGCGUCGUCCGAAUCUACUUCGUGCAUCAGUUCGGGCAGAGCGCCGACGUGACCUGGAUGAUGGGGCCUUUGUUUAUCUGGUCCACCAUCGAGCCCGCUGUGGCGAUUGUCUGCGCCUGUCUUCCACAUCUGGCGCCCCUUGCUCGCCUAGCCCACAUCAAGCUCUCGUCCAGUUAUGGACCCAAGAGCCCCUACCCGAGCACACCGCGGAGGUCGCGCCGCAGCAGGACCCCAAGUCAUCAAAAAGGGACCUUGUUCGGUAACCGUGGCAAAGGGGGGCGCUUGGCAGCUGGGGAAAUAUACCCUCAAGGAUUUGAUGACGAGAUUGGGCUAACCAGUCAAGUCACGUCAAGUGUGCGAACGCAAAAGCCACAUUCCAUUGCGUCAGGUUCGCAUGGUAGUGUCAAUGCCCAGUCAAUUGUGGUGCAGUCUGGCUCACGGAUAUGA